GAGGGCUAAGGGCGUAGGGGCGUGGACGGGGAGGAAAAGUUGUGCGCGCGAGCCUCCGGAGCCGGCCUGCGCAGAUCUUUCUGUCCGCGUGCGUUCCUGGCCCCGACGGCAGCCGCUGCUGUUCAACCUCUGGAGACAUGACUGAAGCCAAAAAGCGGAGGGAACUACUCCCUCUUAUCCAUCAUCAUCUGGUGCAAGCGGGCUACGUGAGGGCGGCGCGGGAGGUGAAGCUGCAGAGCGGCCAGAAAACUUUCCCAGCACAACCAGUAACCCUUCUGGACAUCUAUACACACUGGCAACAAACUUCAGGAGUCGCUAAGAAACGCAAGGCAGAAGAAGCAGAUGGAGAGAUUCCCUUUAAGGUCAGAGUGUCUGAUCCUACAAGCAGCUCUGAGAGCUCAGAGGAGGAGAAAGAACAGCAAGAGAGAGUGGGGAAAACAGUAAAAACUACCAAAGUGUUGUACUCUAACUCUGUAUCUGUGAUAAAGGACAACCAAUGCAAGAAUUCACUGUCAAAACCUAAAGAGAAUGUUAAGACGAAGAAUAAGAAAGGAACCAGUAAGGCCGUGGUGACCUCUGCAUCACACUCUGACCCCCUCGAAGCACAGACCACCUCUGGAAAGCCAGGCCCAACUGUGUCAGUGCAGUCCCAGUCCAAAAAAUCCCCAGCAGCCCCCAGAAAGCAGGCAGCACAGUCCCCCAGCAAUAGCUUGGCCACAAACAGUGAGAAAAAGUUCGCCUCCCCUGUUGUUAAGCUGGUUCCCAAAACUGCCCCAGUGCCUCCAGACAAGAAAACAGAGAGCGACAGCAGCAAUGACGAGGACUCUUCAACUGAUGAAACAGAUAUGGAGAUGGAGCAGGCAUUGAGAACUCCCCAGGGAAACUCUGCCCUAGUGAGAGGGAACUCUGUUGCCUCAAUUCCCACCAAAGUGUCCCAGGAGAAAGUGGUCACCCCAUCUCCUGGGAGAUUAGUGACUAAACCUCUGACCACAAAAGACAAGAAUCCAGAAGAGACUUCUGAGAGCAGUGACGAGUCUGAGAGUGAUGAAGAUGCCCCACAAUCCCAGGGACAGGCACAAGAAGUGAAGAUGCCUCAUCAUCUCAGUGAAGUACCAGGGAGGGUGGGCAAGACCACCCCAACCACAGGGAAAGCCGUCACUCCAUCCUCCAAACCAAAUUUAGGGGUGCCUGCAAAGGCAGCUAUGACCCAGAAACCAGAGGAGACUUCUGAGAGCAGUGAAGAGUCAGAAAGUGAAGAGGAGAAUGCAAAGCUUCAGAGACAGGUUAAAAGUGUCCCAGCCUCUGGUACCAUAGCAUCCCCAGGGAAAGGGGCUCUUCCUGUUCCUGGUAAGUCAGUGACUUCAAACCUCCAGGCCAAGGCACCACAACAUGAAAGUCCAGAGACUAGUUCUGAGAGCAGCGAGGAGUCAGAGAGUGAUGAAGAUGCCUCUGCACCACAGGGACAGGAAAAAUCAUCCAUGAAGACUCCUCAGGCCAGUGCCACACCAGCAACUAGAACUCCUACCCCAUCAACCCUCACUAAGGUGUCCCCAAGGAAAGGGACACUCCAGGCCAAGACUGGUCCUCCAUCCAAGACAUCUGAAGUCAAUUUGCCAGAGACUGGUUCUGAUACUAGUGAGGAGUCAGAGAGUGAAGACAAUGUCAUAGUGCCUCAGAGACAGGGGAAAUCAUCAGGAAAGGCUUCCCAAGGCAAUGCUACACCAUCAAAAGGGAGGUCUCUUGCUCCUGGGAAACCAAUGACUUUAGUCCCUCCACCUAGGAUGGGACCUUCAACCCCCUCACCUAGAGCAGGAACUUCAGCCAUGGCAUCUAAACCUGGAAGUUCAGAAACUAGUUCUGAGAGUAGUGAAGAGUCAGAAAGUGAAGAAGAGAUCUUAGUACCGCAGGAAAAGAAAAAAUCACCAGUGAAAGUUCUCCAAGUUAAUGCCAUUGUGACAAAAGUUGCUCCUGUCCCCCCUCAAGGGCCCCUGGGGAAAGAGGCCCUUUCUACAACUGGGAAAUCAGGGACUCUAGCUUCUGGAGUCGAGAUAUCAUCAUCCACUGAGACAUCUGGAUCAGAGAGCUCUGAGGGCAGUGAUGAGUCAGAAAGUGAAGAGGAAAAAACUCCAGCACCGAAGACCCAGGUGAAGCCUUCAGAGAAAGCCCAGGCCCAGGUCUCUCCAGCCCCACUCCCCAAGAGCCCAUUAGAGAAAGGGGUUCUCAACUCCCCUGAGAAAGCAGCGAUGGUCACUCCCAGUGCUAAGAUGGCACCUCAAGCCAAAGGAGUGGGGCCUGGGAGGUCACAGGCGAGUUCUGGUUGCAGUGGAGAAUCUGACAGUGAAGGGGAAACUCCCACAUCCCAGGGACAGCCAAUACCAUCAGUGAAAACUCUUCAGGUCAAAGCUUCUCCAACUAGUGUUACCAAGGGACCUGUGGGGAAGGGAGUUGUUCCCACUUCAGGGAAGUUAGGGCCUGUAGCUUCCAGCGCCAAAGGGAUGUCUCCAGCCAAGGCAUUGGGGCCCAGGAAGCCAGAGGUGAGUUCUGAGAGCUCUGAAGAGGACACAGAGAGUGAGGCUGAGGUACCUGCAACCCAAGGACAGGCAAAGCCAGUGGUAAAAGCUCUCCAAAUCAAUGCCUCCCCACGGAAAUUGACCCCUCUCACCCCCAUAUCCACUAAGGGUAUUCAGGGGAGAGUGUCUACUCCAGCUCCCUGGAAAUCAGGGAUACUGCCCCUCCAGGCCAAAGCACCAGGGCCUGAGAGGCCAGCAGAGACUUCUGGAAGCAGUGAGGAAUCAGAGAGUGAGGAGAUCCCAGCAUCCCAGGGACAGGCAAAGCCCACAUUGAAAGCCCCCCAAAUUGAUACCCCUCCAGGGAAAGGGACCCCUGUUACUCCUGUUCCCACUAAAUGUUCUCAGGGAAGAGUGUCCACUCCAGCUCCCUGGAAAUCAGGGACUGUGACCCCCCAGCCCAAAGUACCAGGGCCUGGGAGACCAGCAGAGACUUCUGGAAGCAGUGACGAAUCAGAGAGUGAGGAGGAGAUCCCAGCAAUCCAGGCAAAGCCAGCAGUGAAAAUUCCCCAAGCUAACACUCCCUCCAGAAAAGGAGUCUCCACCUCCACAGUCUCUACCCAGGACUCACAAGGGAAAGCACCAUCCCCCUUGAAAUCAGGGACUUCAUCCCUCCAGAGCAAAGGAGAGGUUCCAGUCAAGAAAGCAUGGCUUGGGAGACAAGAAGAGAAUCUAGAGAGCAGUGAGGACUCAGAAUCAGAUGACAGCAUCCUAGGACCUCAGGGCCAGGCAAAGCCUGCAGUCAAGACUUCUCCAGGUUUGGGGGGAGAGAAAGGGACCACUGCAUCAACUCCUGAGAAGUCAGCGACUACAAUUCAGACCACGAAAGUAGAUUCUGGCAGCUCAGAAGAGAGUUCCUGCAGCAGUGAUGAGUCAGAAAGUGACGUGGUAAUCCCUGUGUCCCAGAAACAGGUGAAACCAUCUGUCAUAGACAAAGGUGCUGAUAAGGCAGUGAUGGUCCCCGUCACCAUGGUAGAGGAGACAUCAUCAGAGAGCAGCGAGGACACAGAGAGUGAAGAAACUGAAAUCCUAACUUCUAUGGGGCAGGUGAAAACUGUAAUGAGAACUCCCCAGGUCAGUGCAGCCUCAGGACAAUCUGCAUCUUCCUCGAUGGAACCUGAGAGGCCUACAAGGCCAGAAGAGUGUUCUGAAAGCAGUGAGGAGGAAUCUGACAGUGAAGAUGAGAUUAUAGUGUGUCAGGGACAGGUAAAACCUACAGUGAAAACUUCUGAGAUCCCUGCAGCCUCAGCAGAAAAGAAAGGGUCCAUACCAGCCUCUGGGAAGUCUGCAACUCCAUCCCCCCAAAACCAAGCAACGCCUCAAGCCAAGGAUACUAGGACUGAAAUAUCAGAGGAGAGUUCUGACAGGAGUGAUGAGUCUGAGAGCGAAGUGGAGAUACCUGUGUCCCAGCAACAGGUUUCAUCAAGGAAGAAGGAUGAGAAAGCUGUUGCUUCUAAGAACAACAUGGGGAAAGUCUCUCCCAUAUCUCCAGUCAAGCAAUUGGCUUCACCUUGUACUAUCAGGGGCCAGAAAUCAGAGAGCAACAGUGAGCAACUGUCCCCUGCCCAGGUGAUUAAAACCCCUCUGAUUUUUGUCGACCCCAACCGUAGUCCAGCUGGCCAGGCUGCUAUCCCCAUGAAAGCCAAGACAGACUCAAGGAACAGACAAGUAUCAGAGAGCAGAGAGCAAAGCUCCUCCGAGAGUGGGGAUGAGGAUGUGAUCCCUGACACUCAGUACCCGAAUCUUCCCACAGUAAAGAAUGCCGUGAUGAAAGCAUCCCCACUCUACCAAAGGGCAGGCUCUACACCCAGCACCAGCAAGCCUGAGGAGUCUAGUAGUGACUCUGCCUCUGAGCAUCAGGGAACAGGAACCUCCCAGACCACUUGUGUCAAGAGCAAAACGGCUAGGCGGGACAAAAAAUCUAAGCUUACUGGCGGAAUCCAAGCCAUAGCUGUCCAGGACAAGUCUUCAACAACCACCAGCAACAGUACGAGGAAUGAGAAAGAAAACCCAGAGGCAGUGAGAGCAAAGCAGACACAAAAUCUGGGUCUGUCCCCCAAGGACAAAAUUCCAGUGAAGACAGAAAACCCGGAGGAUUCUAGCGAAGAAGAAAUAAUAGAACCUUCCCAGUCUAUACUUUCAGGCUACGAAUUUCCCAGGCCAUCUCUCCCCACAUCCAUCAAUGCUCAGCUCGAGAAGAUGCCUGCCAAGCAAGGAAUUACGAGAGUUGUCUCUGCAGACCCAGCUCUGCAAGCAUCUUCCAAAGGAAGACCCCAGGAGGGGAGUGGGGACUCUGAGAAGGAGAAACAGAAAGUGGAACAGCCUCACGAAACUGGGAGAGAUUCAAAGACCUCAGUUUCCAAACUUCAGGCAACUAAAAAAGGGUCCAAGCCAGAAGCAGUCGAUUAUAAACCUUCCUCCCCCAAAGAGGUGGACAUCUGUGAGAGUCUCCUAAGAACAAAGCCUCCUUCCAACCUCCCUUCUCUAGUUCAGCUCCAGAGCUCAGGCUGUAUUGAGAACUUAGGGUUUGAGGAUGCAUUCUUUAAGUCCAAGGCCUUUAGACUAAGAAUGCUUACUGACCUACCAGAGAAGAAGAAGAAGAAUACUGAAUCCCCAAAGUUAGCCAAGGGAAAGAAGUCCAAAUCAAAACGAAAGCUAACUGAGGAAGGUCCUGUUGCUAAGGCCCCCAAGAACAAGAAGAAGAAACUGAUGGGCGAAGAGCCCAAGGAAGGAGAGGCUUUACAAGAAAAGACCCCUGCUUCCCCCAAGGAGGAGAAAAGGGAGAAAGCAAGUGGUGAUGCUAAAGAAAAGAAGCCAAAGGAGGUUCAGAGCUCCAAGAAGAAGAAAGAAAAGCCAGAAGGAAACGUGAUCUCAGUGAAGGAAUAUGGAGAUGCCCCAGAUACCAAGCCCAAAAAAGAGAAGAAGCACAAGAAGAAAUCUGACAAGAAGAAAAAGGACAAAGACAAAAAGGAUGAGAAGAAGAAGAAGAAAAAGAAAUCCAUUUCCAAAGAUCCUGACUCUGCCUCAGUAUCCCUUAAGAAAGAAAAGAAAAAGAAAAAGAAAGUUAAACAAGUAGAUGGAGAGGAACUAAAUAACAGGAUUUUUCUAACCACAUCAUGACAUGUCUAUGCCAGCCUCCCACCCUGGGAAAAAAAGCAACCAAAUCCCAGCAUGACCUAUGAGCCAAUGGAUCCAGCAGGAGCACACUAGGGUAACGAGAGAGAGCUUCUGGCUCUUGCACGUAUCCCUAAUGAAUUGAGUGAUCUCCAUAGAGAUUAUACCUAAUAUAUAUAUAUAUAUAUGUAUAGUAUUUUUUUUAAAGAGAGAACUUCCCCUUUUCCCACUGACAUGCCUGUUUCUAAAGGCCUUCGGUACUCCUUGGCUUCAGAACCUUUCCUUCCCCACUUUGCAUAGAAGACAUGGGGAGGGCUGCCACCAAAACAUCGCCACCGCCACCACCAUCGAUGCUGGAGCCAGACAGAGCGUGUUCUGAUGGAGUCCUGGCUCAAUCAGGUGGCUUCACUUGAGUGACUUCCCCCUCCAUGUUAUAUUUUUAACUAACUUGUUUUUAAAACUCUGCAAAUAAAAGAUUGGUGUGGAAGA